GCAGGACUCGAGUGAGGAUGGGGAACUGCCUGAAGAGCCCGACAUCGGACGACAUCUCCCUCCUGAACGGGUCGGAGAGAGACAGCUCGCCCUCGGACCAGAUGAUCGAGGCUCACUCGGUUCCACAGCUCGAGGUGUUGUGAAGUUGUGAGGAAACUGGAGAAACAAAGGAAAAGAGGGAGAUGCUUCAGUCAUUGAAGAUAUGCAUUGAUAAUGUGGGACUCUUUCACUUGUAUCACAGAACUCUAUUAUAGCAUGUGAUAAAAAAGUGAUAUUCUGACAAACUUUUCAGAGAAGCUGUGGAAUAGUAUUUAUCCACAUUAAAGAAUAUCGCUUCAUAAUAUCAUGAUCUAUGCCUUUUGAAAUGCCACACAUGUGAACACAGCAGGUGUAUCAACUUCUUGUGAAGAUUCUUUGUUUACUCUCUCCAAGUACCCCCUUUAAUCUCAAAUUGCAUAAUGAAAAAAAGUUGGGAAAAGUGACUUUGUGAAUCUUGGAGGCCACCUUGUGGUAGAAUGUUGCCUUCAACUUCCUCUCCUGUAGAGUCAGCGCAGACUCCUGUCUCCUUGGCAGAUGGGCUCUCUUGCUCACCAGAGUGCUUGGGACGAAGGAAGUUACCACAUGGUACUGGGGCGGCGAAGGAGGACCUCCCAAAUAGCAUCAAGAAGAAGAUUGGGAUGUGUGUUGAUGAGAGCAGUCGGGAGAAGGAGGCCAUGAUGCCUCCACCAGAUCUCUGUACUGGCGAAGAACGCAAAUGUGACCUCGUGCAUGGACCCAGUGACAGCUCUUGUGAUGAAGAUGCUGAAGCUACAAUUGCUCAAGCUGCCUGUGAUACCAAAUUUGUAACAAGCUUGUCACAAGUUCAGAUGGAAGGUGAUGUGAUGGAGGAAGAUGGUGCUUGGGGUUUACCAUCUUAUCCUCCUGACCCACCUUCAGAUGCUACAGAAGAGUUAUUAGCUGAAGGAAAUAGUAAAAGUACGGGUGCAAGUUUGCCAGACCUCUGUGACACCAGAAGAGGAAUGCAAGUGAGAGGACAACAUAGUGGUUCCUCUGGGAGUGACUCUCAGAGAGAUUCUGAAUAUGAAUCAUCAGUCUCUCUGGGAAGUGAAAAAGGUUCUGGAGAGAAAAGAGUGUGUGAAGCUGCAGUUUGUGAUCAAGAGGAAUCCGGAGCAGUAAAUUCCAGUAGUAGUACUAAUCAAUUGUUGAAUAGAGUAGAUGAUAUGGAUGAAAGAUUAUCAGGCAAGAGUUAUAAGGACUCAGAUAUAUCUGUGUCACAUGAACAAGGAAAGUUAUGUGUUGAUGAGUCUGGAGAAAAAAUCAGCAGUGAUGAGGGACAUCAGAUGGAUUCUAUGCAUGAUACUGAUGUUGAAACUCAAAGUGAAUCUGUUGUCUUGGGUGAAACUGAAGGGGCAGCUGGUCCCUCUGAGGACUUUUUAGUGCAUGACAACCAACAUAUAUCACUUGUUGCGUGUGGCAUAACGCAGUGUGAUCCAAGCUUUCAGCAAGAUGUGGAGAUGGCAGACAUUUCUGAAGAAGAGCAUGGACUUGACUUGAUAAGACACAACCUCCACCAUUCAAGUCAUCCCAUGUUUAACAAGUGGCCGUGUUACUUCUAUAUCACCCAGGAGCAUCUACCUAGUUUCUCCAUUGAUUCACAUGGAAGACAUAUUGGAUCUGAAGCAGCUCCCAUGUUUUUCCCUUCCCCAUCUGUAAGUCGACCUGCUUCUCAGCUGACGGAAGAGGAACAAGUCAAGAUUGCCAAGCGCAUGGGACUUAUAACACAUCUCCCAUGUGGAAUAUUUGAUGGCUCUAAAAAGAGUGGAGAGUGUGUGAUCUGCAUGAUUGACUUCACUGUGGGAGACAGAGUCCGCUACCUGCCUUGUAUGCACACCUACCACACGGAAUGCAUUGACGAUUGGUUGAUGCGUUCAUUUACGUGUCCUUCUUGCCUUGAGCCAGUGGAUGCGGCUCUGCUUAAUACCUAUGGAACCAGCUAGCCAGGUGCAGCUACUAGGAUUGGGUUACUUGGGUUUUGUCUCUUCUGGUCUCGGCUAAACAGCACUGUACAGUCUUGAUUUGCAUACACUUGUCCUGGAGAUUUGUGUUUUUGGACCUUUGAGUGUCCUGUUUUAUAUUUUUAUUUUGAUCAUUUCUUUUAUUUAUUUAAUAUUAUUAUUAUUAUUGUUAUUAUUUUAGUGGUUGAUUGUCGGCUGCCUAAUGCAUUGAAUGCUUGUGAAAUUGACACUGGUGUUUGAUUAUUCACUUGUAGUAAUGUUGAAUUGAAUCAUGCAAAAACAAGAAACACUAAAUGUCAGGAAGAGAAAACAAAUCUAAGAAGAAUUGAAUCAAUGAUACAAAGUUAAUUAAACAGUAGGGGAAAGUUUGUAUGGAUGUGUUUAAGCAUUGGCAGAACCCAUGUGUACUUUACUGCCUUAUUCUCUAAGUGGUUUCAUGUGGUAUUGUAAUUGAAUCUCACCAAGAGAAAUACCAUAACCAGAUUGGUUUAUAGUUGGUACUAUUGUUAUGAAUGUCAUAUACUUCUUAACUGUUUUGAAAGUGCACUGAAAAAAGGAAGCCUGGAAAAUCAGAAUUUAUGCAGUGAACUGGCAACGUCUGCUUGAAUGAAGAUACAUAAUGAAUCAAAGUUCCUAUACUGAAGGGCAUUGUCAUGGAUGAAAUUUACUUUCAUAAGGGUGAAUAUUAUUUCACUGAUUUAUUUUUUGUAUGCCAAGAUUAGUUUAAGAAGAGUAUGAUUUUAAUAAUUGAAAUAUGGCCAACCCUCUUAUCUAUUAUAUUGGGUAUAUAUCUACACAGCUUUUGGAAAAAAUGAAUUGGCAGUAUGGACUUAAUAUUUUUGUGAUUGUUAUACAAAGCUAAUAACAUCUGCUCUUUAGUGUUAUAUAGUCAUUAUUUUUUUUUUUGCAAGAAAGGUUGGUUAGUUGAGUAGUAUUUCAAAUAUUUAUUUUAAAAGUUCAGGAACAGCUCUGAUGGGUGUUUCAGUAAGGGCUUAAAUCCAUGGAAGUCAUUGUUCUGAUGUGUUAAUCCUAGUCAAUGAAAGGAAGUCAUCUUAAGUCAUCUUAGAAAUACAGAAUAGUAUUACUUCCCUUAACAAUUCCAGUACUUCAUAAAUGUUAAUCUCAUGAAGGAGAUGCAAACUGUCCAUUAUAUAUGUAAAGAGGGAUAUGGGAUUGUAAUUUAAGUAAUUAAAAGUGCUAGUAUAUAGUCAAUAUAGUGGAAUCUCUUUAUAUCAAAUAUACGCAACAUUUGAAACAGAGGAUACCACACUGAUAUUAGAAGUUGACAUAUAUUAGAAUGAUUCUUACAUCACAGAUAUUUCCAGGCCUUUAAUAGCAAAGCAGGUUAGGAAAUGUUUUAAUUUGAUGUCUUUAUUUUUCAGUAAUCGUAUGUAUUACAACCAUAUAUUAAGGAACAUGAAACUAUUUAUUUGAGGAGUGUAAUAUUUAUUAGUAAUCAGUAUGUAAUAGUAGAUUAACAUUCUUUGUAUUUUGCAUUCAAUAUGUUCAUGGAGUACUUUAUUCCUAGAUUUUAUUUGGUGCUCUGCAAAAUGUCUCUCAUGUAUUGAUUUGAAUUUGAUCUCACUUAUAGGAAAGAAAGACUAACUCCAUAUUUCAUCUAGUCAGUGUCUAUGGUAUCAACAGUUUCUGUUACUGGUAUCUUUUGAAAUAUAGAGAUUAUGCUGUAUUUACAUCGUUACUGACAUCAGCAUGUUUUAUAUCAAUACUAAACUCCUAUUUAGUCAUUGACAACCAUUUUGAAAUCUUGGGUGCACCCUUAUUCUUAAGAGCUGUAAGUAUGUGAAUCUAAGUCACUUUGCUGUGUUAAAAAAGAUUUAUUCCUUCUUGUUGAUUUUGCAGAAGGAGCCAAAGUAUAUUAUUAGAGUAAAAGAAUCCACUUUUAAUAACCAUAUAUAUAGUUUCCUAUAUAGAAAUCAGUAGUAUUUAAUUGGUUUUCAUUAUAUUGCCUACUAAUAUUGGCAUUAUUUUAUUUCUGACUUCUGUUGCUUCAUCUUCCUUCUUUAUGAGUAUCAAAUAUUUACUGAUGAUACAUUUUCAUCAGACCAUUACUCGACAGUUAUUAUAAUAAAAGCUUUUGCUAGAAUUCCUGUAGUGAUGUAAUGUCAGAGGCAACACCAGUGUCCCUGAUUCUGAAGCCAUUGUAAUGCUUGUAAUUUAAUGGCAAGGCUUCUCCCAAAUCUCAGAUGUAUGUGUGAUUUUGUAGGUGAUUGAUGCGGCCGAUUUCUUCCAUUGUUGUAUAGCCAGUUACAGCUGUUAACACCUAUGCAUUCAUCCACCAUCCAUGCAAACUGUGUGUGAAAAGGUUUACUACUGCUGUUUGCACACUGAACACUGGAAGAUUUAAAGAACAUUCUCUUGUUUGCUACAUAAAGCUAUCAGAGAAUAUAGUAGUUGUUUAUCAGAGAGUUUUUGCAAAUGAAAGGUAAACAGUCUAACUAUAGAUGGAAUACUCAACAUUUUUAGCAGUAGGGAGAACUUUUAAAUUAUGAUAUCUUUAGCUGGUGAUAGGACUUUAACUAUAGUUGGCUUAAAUUCUUAUAAAAGAAAAAAAAAUCAGAAACAAAAAAAAAUAUAUAUAUAUUUUGCACUCUCAUGCUGCCUUUCUUGUAAUAGUGGCUUUAACUGCUGUAAACUGCAACUGUAGUAAUAUUGCAAGAGCAGGUGAAGCAAGCAGUAACUGGGUUGUUGUGGGUAUGAUGUUUUAUUAAUAAUAAUAUCAUUAUUUAUAUUUCAGUGAGGAAUGUCAUUCAUACAGUGUAAAUUUUUUGGCAAGAAAAUAGAGAGUACUAAUGAAAAUAAGCACUAAGUUUCAAAAACCAAAGAGUAAAAUGGAGCAGCUAAUUUAUUAAAGAACAACACUGGGCUGAGAAGGAUGGAAUAACUAUGAGGGGCAUAAAUUUGUAACCAAAUUCCAAAAUAUUUCAUGGUGUAGUUUAGGAUAGCUUUAUUGUAAAUCUCAUUGCAAGGGAUGUUUUAUCUUCCAGAAUCACAUGUGAUUAUAUCAUUAAUCUUGAGCUAUUAGUGUACAGUGUAAUAUAUAACACAUGCACACAUGUGCAUAAGUGCAUUUACAUUUAUACCAUGUGUGUAUAUAUGUAAUUGUGUAUAUGCAUUUGUAUGUGUGUGUGUGCGCAUGUAUUUUUGUGCACAAUGAACUUAUCUGUAUAUUAAAAGGUUCAGAUUAUUGAUUAUAUCACAUAUAGAAAUAUGAGUAUGUUGUGAUAUUAAACUUUUUUUCAUGUAGGUUUAGGAUGUAUCAACAUUCAUUGAAAUUAUACACAUGCCUCAUUAUUUAAGUUUUCAGGUAGUUGUAAUAAAUGUUCUAUUCCCCUUCCCUUGUACAGUCUGAUUUUGCCCACUUUACCCCAGUUGUCAACCUGUGAAUAAUAGUAGACCUAGACAUUUCUUAAAAAAGAAUCAGCUUUUUUUUCUUUUAAUCAAAUAAAUUUUGAUGUGAUAUUGUAAAUCUAAUGUGGAUUUCAUAUGAUUUGCAUGGAGAAAGUUCUAAUAGGCUGAAACAGAGUAUUUGCAAGUGUUUUAGAACCCAGAGUGCUAUACAAAAGUAGUGUACAGAUCCACGGUGCUCCAUGGCAUCCAGAAUCCAAGAUUCAUCAAUGCUGUUGGAGCGAGUAUUAGGAAAGAAAUUAGAAGUAGCAGAUGUAUAUAAAUUGACAGAACAUAAACUUUGUACUUUUUAGGCUUUAGUUUAUGAAAAAAAUUAACCAAAAAAUUGUAGUUAGUUUUAGGAAGAGGAAGCUGUACUUAAUGAAUCCGACAGUAUCCCAGUGCCCGUCACCUUGUAAACUAUUUAUUAUAGGGAAUGUUUAUUUGCUAUGAUUGAUUAUGAUUAUAAUUUUUUUUUAUUUAAACUAUUUGUGUUUCUGAUUUUUCAUGUUUUCAUCAUUUUCAUUAUUAUGUUCUUAUUACUUUUCUUUUUAGUAUUUUCAUCAUUAUUGCUGUUAUCAUGAUCACCAUAAUCAUCAUCACUUUUUCAUAAGUGGAAAUGUCAAUAUGAUUAUUGUCAUAUAUUUAAUCAUCAUGAGUAAUAUUUUUUAUUUUGACAUUUUGACUUUUGUGUUAUUAUUAUUUUUUAUGUUAUUACUUCCCAUUGAUUUUUAUAUUCAAUAUCAUUACUGUUAAUCACUCAAGAAAUAUUUUUUCUUCUUCACUUUUUUCUUUUUGAACAAUUCAUCAAGCUCAUUAUUAAAAAAAAAAUUGAGGUUCUUUAGGUAGACAAGUGGGUAAAAUAAAAGUAUGUUAGACUGAAUAUAUUCCUUGUAUGAAUAAUUAUUUGCCUUGAUAAGAUUAGAUGACUGUAAUAUUUCUAUAAUGACAAUAAACAAAUCUUAGUCAUGAUAUGUAUCUUUAUGAUUGUUAAUGGAGUUUAUUGUCCAGAACUUUAUUUAUUGCCACAUGAUGUGAUUAGCACUUUACUUAAUUAAGAAGACCUCUAUUCUCAUUACAUUGUGCCUACUAUUGUGUCUGUAAAUGACAAAGUUUAGCAACUGGCAAUUUCUUGUGUGUAAAAGAGAACAGGAAUGUUGUUUGGUGUAAUUUCUAUUUGCAAUGUAGAAUCCCCUCGGACUUUGGGUAAUAUAUUUUUUCAUUUUGUUUGUGAAGUGCAAGUGAUAAUAUGUCUUGUUUGACAGGUAAUUCUUUCUUUUCUUUUCUUUACUUUUCGGUGUAGAUACUGUUCAUUGAUCGCUGCACAUUCAAGUGGGAUUUGUAGGAAAUGUUUGUCCCAUAGUAAAGGCUGUGUGUAGGUGUCUGUGUGAGAACUUGUGCAUGAAUGUCAACAGAAAUAGAAGCAUGUAUAUUAAUAAAGUAAUCCCAUGAGAA